CAGGGAGAAAAGAACCCUAACAUCAUCUCUUUCUCAACAAAAAGGCAACAAUGCGGCGGAUGGGUUGAUACUUUUUUAAUCUGUAAAAGGAUCAUCGUUAGGGCUUUUCUGCUAGUUUUGGCUGUUCUAUCUUCUUCUACCUUACGUUAUGGAUGGGGAUGGAAUGGGGAUGCGUGGUUGGGCCUACUACGAGCAGACCUUGAAAGGCAACUUGGGGCUACAGCUCAUGUCCAUGGUCUCAACCGAGUGCGAAUCCACGAAGCUGCUUCUUCCGAAUGGAGGCUUCGUCCGCCAUGACUGUGAGACUCCUCCUCAGCCAUCAGUUCCAAUGGAUUUUGUGCGAAACGGUUGGAUCAACCACAGAGACAACAAAAUGGUCCACAUGCUCCCCUUCAAUCAUGGUUACUCGAUCCUUUCUGAACCUCAUGGAUUCCAUUCACUGCCAAUGGUGCAACAACCUGCGCCUCCGCCAGAGAAUGGAAAGGCGGUCGUAUUGAUUGAAAAUGAAUUGCAAAGUGUAAAGGAGGCACCUUUGAGAAAAAGAUCCCAAGUGCAGCCUCACCCUUGCAAGGCCCCAAGGAUUAAGAAGCCAAAGAAGGUUCCUUCACCAAAUGAUGAGUCUACUGGCCAUUCUGGUGAUCGAGCAAGCACUGCAAAGAAGAGUACUGAUAUCGUUAUAAAUGGAUUUGACCUGGACAUUUCAAGCAUACCUACUCCAGUGUGCUCUUGCACAGGCAGUCGGCGACAAUGCUAUAAGUGGGGAGUUGGAGGGUGGCAAUCUGCUUGCUGCACUACUUAUAUUUCAAUGCACCCACUCCCUAUGAGCACAAAGAAGAGAGGGGCGCGAAUUGCUGGCAGGAAGAUGAGCCUCGGCGCAUUCAAGAAGGUCCUGGAGAAGCUCACUGGGGAAGGAUAUAGUUUGUCUAACCCAAUUGACUUGAAGAAUCAUUGGGCAAAACAUGGUACGAAUAAAUUUGUAACAAUCAGGUAAAAGUUGUACAAAUUUCAUUAGCUAUGUAGGUACCUGAGCUCUGCAUUUAGCCUUCUCUUACCUGUAUAUGAGCAUAUCGACUUUUGCAGAGGCUCUUUGAUAGUGUGUAGGGUUGAUGUGUCUUUACAUGCUUUCGGAAAUUAUAUCUUUAGUUGGGCAGAAGUUUUGUAGUUUUCUGUUUAAUAUUUGCAACAUGUAGUUCUGAUGAACAAGCUGUUGUCAAAUGGCUCUUUACAUAAGUUGAAUUGUCAAUUCUGCCAGAUGAGAAUUUUACAGUCUCUUGAUUUAUGUUUUGCCUGGAACACAAAAUAGUUAUUCAUUUUACCUCAUUAGUUUCCUCUAAAUCUGUAAUUUAGAAUGGUUCUUUGUGAAAAAGUAUAGGUUCUAUUAACUGCAUCCUUUCUCUUCAGUUUGAUGAAUCUCUUGGUAAGAAUUUCUUUUCUCCAUGCUAGAGACACAUUUUAUCAUAGAUCACACUUGGAAUCUACACCGUAGCUAAGAUCAAAACCAGAAAGGGAAGAAAAAUAUUUAACUCAAGGUGAUGUAGCCCACCCUCAGCUUGUGAUUGAUCCAUACAGUAGGCAUUUUAGCUCAAUGCCCCUUUCUUAUCUGUGCAACAUUAGGCACUUAUUAUCGACUAUUCAGUAUUCAGUAAAUGGUUUUUUGUAGUUUUACUUACCUGAUGAUUUGUGUUGCUUUGA